CCGUCCGAUAUCUCUCCGUUGUCCUUCACUCUUCUAUAUAAUCAUUUCUAGGACUCUUUUUCAUUUCUCAAUUCCCAAGCAAGCUCUGUUUUUUCGCUUGAUCUCUCUGAAUCAAUCCUUUCUUUUCAAGGUUCUUCACUCUUCGCAGUGAAAAAUGAGAGAAAUCCUUCACGUUCAAGGUGGGCAAUGCGGUAACCAGAUCGGAUCGAAGUUCUGGGAGGUUGUUUGUGAUGAGCAUGGCAUAGAUCCAACCGGAAGGUACACUGGUACCUCAGAUCUGCAACUGGAACGCGUUAAUGUCUACUAUAAUGAAGCUUCUUGCGGGAGGUUUGUUCCUCGUGCAGUGCUCAUGGAUCUGGAGCCUGGAACCAUGGACAGUGUUCGGACUGGCCCGUACGGCCAGAUCUUCCGUCCAGAUAACUUUGUUUUUGGACAGUCUGGUGCCGGGAAUAACUGGGCAAAGGGGCAUUACACGGAAGGAGCAGAGUUGAUUGACUCAGUUCUUGAUGUCGUGCGCAAGGAGGCUGAGAACUGUGACUGUCUUCAAGGUUUUCAAGUAUGCCACUCUCUCGGUGGAGGAACUGGUUCUGGAAUGGGGACUUUGUUGAUCUCUAAGAUCAGGGAAGAAUACCCUGACCGCAUGAUGCUUACAUUCUCUGUCUUUCCUUCCCCAAAGGUAUCCGAUACAGUUGUUGAGCCCUACAAUGCUACUCUCUCUGUUCAUCAGUUGGUAGAGAAUGCAGAUGAGUGUAUGGUGCUUGAUAAUGAGGCCUUGUAUGAUAUAUGCUUCAGGACGCUUAAGCUAACAACUCCUAGCUUCGGAGAUUUGAACCACUUGAUCUCUGCAACCAUGAGUGGUGUCACCUGCUGCCUCAGGUUUCCUGGUCAGCUUAAUUCUGAUCUUAGGAAGCUUGCAGUGAACCUGAUCCCAUUCCCUCGACUCCACUUUUUCAUGGUGGGAUUUGCCCCUCUGACCUCACGUGGAUCACAGCAGUACCGUGCCCUGACUGUGCCGGAGCUGACCCAGCAGAUGUGGGAUGCCAAGAACAUGAUGUGUGCUGCUGACCCACGACAUGGCCGCUACCUGACUGCCUCAGCCAUGUUCAGGGGCAAGAUGAGCACCAAGGAAGUUGAUGAGCAGAUGAUCAAUGUGCAGAACAAGAACUCAUCCUACUUUGUUGAAUGGAUCCCCAACAACGUCAAAUCGAGUGUCUGUGACAUCCCACCAAGGGGCCUGUCAAUGGCGUCAACUUUCAUUGGGAACUCAACCUCCAUUCAAGAGAUGUUCAGGAGGGUGAGUGAGCAAUUCACAGCCAUGUUUAGAAGAAAAGCUUUCUUGCACUGGUACACCGGCGAAGGUAUGGAUGAGAUGGAAUUCACUGAAGCAGAAAGCAACAUGAAUGACCUUGUCUCCGAGUAUCAGCAGUACCAGGAUGCAACCGCUGAUGAGGAAGGCGACUAUGAAGACGAGGAGGAAGGUGACUAUGAAGCCGAACAUGUGUGAAAACCCAGUUCUGUAUUGCAGUGGAUGAUGAUGGGUACAUAAAAAAAUCUGCUACUCUGCUUGUGCUUUGACAAGUUUUGGUUACUCUGUGAAGGGAUGGUUAUUAGUAUAAAUAUUUAAGCUUGGGAAAUCCCUAAUUUUCUUGCUUAGUUUACUUAGCAACAGAUGUUAGUGAGAAGGAAGAUGAGGGAAAUAUGGUGAAAUCUAUGAUUUGAUUGCUUUCUUUUUCUAGCAUUUGUA